CCCAUCCUCAUUGACCUGGGUCUAGAUUCCAAUGAGUUACGUCAGUUUGUAGUUAGUCGUUCUAGGGCAUUUACGCAAGCCUGUAUGAGCUGCCCUUCGUCAUCUUCGUGAUCAUGGCCAGUCUGACUGUUCUGUCACGGUGUAGCUGGUUGUCGCAGGCUCGUGUAUUGCCAAGACCUCCCUCCGUUGUGAUCCGGCGGUCGCGAUUGAUUGCGCGUCGCGGAUUUCAGAGUGGAUUGAGCUUAGCUUGGCCGCGAAUCAUGGGUCAGAAAUUUAGUGGCGAUUGGGUGUCGGAGCACAAGGCCGAUGCGGAUCCGACCUUGUUGGAAAAGGCGCGGACCCGCCCGCGGGACAUGACUCUUGAGGAGUGGCGUCAAGUGCUCACACCCAAACAGUUUGAGGUGGCCCGAGGGCAUGGUACCGAGCCCGCUUUCACGGGGUAUUAUGCCGAUAACAAAGAUGCGGGAAUAUAUCUCUGUGUAUGCUGCACGGCGGAACUGUUUCCCUCUCAGACCAAAUAUGAAUCCGGAUCCGGAUGGCCCAGUUUUUACGACACUCAAAAAACCCCGGAUGAGACAGAUAAUGUGGAAAGGAAACGUGAUAUCAGCUUUGGGAUGGCCCGGACUGAAGUCCUGUGCAAGCGCUGUGGGUCCCAUCUCGGUCACGUCUUCGAGGAUGGUCCCAGACCAACUGGUCUUCGUUAUUGCAUUAACAGUGCCUCACUGAAAUUUAAGCCGAAGGAAUGAGAGGCUAGGUUCCAGGACAUUUCCAAUAAAUUGAAUAUUUUAAAAAACCUGCUAGUAGCAUGACUUUUUAAACGAUAGUGAAUUAAACAUAUAAUUAUUU